CCUACAACAAGUAGUUUUCAAUAUGUUUAUUUGGAGUAUAACAUUAAUUUGCCUAUCAUUUCUAAAGCACAAUUGGGCCUCUCUAUCAGUCGACAUCGAUGAUGACUUUCGCGAGUGUGGAAAUGGGCUACCUUAUCCAGCGAUUGAUUUUUCAAAUUUCCAAAUAAUACCGGAAGAAGACGGUUCCAUGACGAUGAAUGGCUCCGUUCAGUUCACAGGAGAUUUUGAAAGUCCUACCAGACUUCGUCUCUACUCGAAAAAGCUUGAACGGGGCGAAUGGGUUCCAGGAUUCUUAAAUCGAGAGGUCCUUAACAUGUGUCCGCUGCUGCAGUUACCACACGAAAUCUGGUACCCGUUCACCAGUAUAAUGAAACAGAAGUCGUGCCCUUACAGGGCCGGGCACAUCGAGCCAGUGAAUUCCAUUAACAUUGGAAACUAUGCCGAAAUACUAAACCUACCGCCGUCGUUUAUUGGCGAAUGGAGAGUUUACUACGAGGUCGCUACAACUCGGAAACGGAAGCGUGUAAUGCAGUGCUUGAUGGUCCUGAUGACCAUUACGGAAGUGUAAUUUGGAACAUCUUUGUGCUCGAAUAUUGUCAGUAUUUUCUCACACCACAGCUAGGAAGGCACUUCGACGGACAUUGACAAACAACCAGUAAUGAUCGCGUGAUCAAACUUAAUCGCACCAACGUGACACUUGUUACAGGUAAUCGUAACUAAACUAAUAAAAUCGGAAAUGUUUUGAUUCGUAUCGACCUUUUGUAUCAUGUUUGUCGAUGGUUCAUUCCUCAAGUGCACCUUCAAUAGAACUAAUAUCAAAAUGGUGUUGAGUGGGAUUUUACUAAUUUGGAUAUUACAUUUACAAUACUGUUUGGUAUGAAAAAUACAUAGUUCAAUUAUUUGCAAAAUAAUUUAAAACAAAUGUUUGUGCAGGCCUCUUUAUCGAUCGACAUCGAUGAUGACUUCCGCGAGUGUGAAAAUGAAUUACCGUUUCCGGCGCUGGAUUUCUCAAACUUUCAAAUAAUACCAGAAGAAGAUGGAUCCAUGACGUUGAAUGGAUCGGUGCGAUUCACAGGGAAUUAUGAAAGUCCAACCAGCUCUACUCUAAAAAGCUAGAACGAGGAGCAUGGGUUUCUGGAUUCUUCAAUCGCGUAGUCCAAAACGUUUGCCCACUUUUGCAAAUGCCCACCGAACUAUGGUAUCCGUACACGCGACUGCUGAAGCAGAAGACAUGCCCGUACAAGGCUGGGGUAAGAAUUGAUACUCGAAAGUGUCAUUCUUCUGAAAAUAAUAUUAUCGUAAA